GUUUUGCAGCAACCCUGGAUGAUGACAAACCUUGGUACUCCAUUUUUCCCAUUGACAAUGAGGAGCUAGUAUAUGGACGCUGGGAGGACAAUAUCAUUUGGGAUGCUCAGGCCAUGCCCCGGCUCUUGGAGCCUCCUGUUUUGACACUUGAUCCCAAUGAUGAGAACCUCAUUUUGGAAAUUCCAGAUGAAAAGGAAGAGGCUACUUCUAACUCCCCCUCCAAGGAGAGUAAGAAGGAGUCAUCUCUGAAGAAGAGUCGAAUUCUGUUAGGGAAAACAGGAGUCAUCAAGGAGGAGCCACAGCAGAACAUGUCUCAGCCAGAAGUGAAAGAUCCAUGGAAUCUCUCCAAUGAUGAAUAUUACUACCCUAAGCAACAGGGUCUUCGAGGCACCUUUGGAGGAAAUAUUAUCCAGCACUCAAUUCCUGCUGUGGAAUUGCGGCAGCCCUUCUUUCCCACCCACAUGGGGCCCAUUAAGCUACGGCAGUUCCAUCGCCCACCUCUAAAGAAGUACUCUUUUGGGGCACUAUCUCAGCCAGGUCCCCACUCAGUCCAGCCCUUGCUAAAGCACAUCAAAAAGAAGGCUAAGAUGAGAGAACAAGAGAGGCAAGCUUCAGGUGGUGGAGAGAUGUUUUUCAUGCGUACACCUCAGGACCUCACAGGCAAAGAUGGAGAUCUUAUUCUUGCAGAAUAUAGUGAGGAAAAUGGACCAUUAAUGAUGCAGGUUGGCAUGGCAACCAAGAUUAAAAACUACUAUAAGCGGAAACCCGGAAAAGAUCCCGGAGCCCCAGAUUGUAAAUAUGGAGAAACUGUUUACUGCCAUACAUCUCCUUUUCUGGGCUCACUCCAUCCUGGACAAUUACUGCAGGCAUUUGAGAACAAUCUUUUUCGUGCUCCGAUUUAUCUUCAUAAGAUGCCAGAAAGUGACUUCCUUAUCAUUCGCACAAGACAAGGUUACUAUAUUCGGGAAUUAGUGGAUAUUUUUGUGGUUGGACAGCAGUGCCCCUUGUUUGAAGUUCCUGGGCCCAACUCCAAAAGGGCCAAUACACAUAUUCGAGACUUUCUCCAGGUUUUUAUUUACCGCCUGUUUUGGAAGAGUAAAGAUCGGCCACGGCGGAUCCGAAUGGAAGAUAUAAAAAAAGCCUUUCCUUCCCAUUCAGAGAGCAGCAUCCGGAAGAGGCUAAAGCUCUGCGCUGACUUCAAACGCACAGGCAUGGACUCAAACUGGUGGGUGCUGAAGUCUGAUUUUCGUUUACCAACUGAGGAGGAGAUCAGGGCUAUGGUGUCUCCAGAGCAGUGCUGUGCUUAUUAUAGCAUGAUAGCGGCAGAGCAGCGGCUGAAGGAUGCUGGCUAUGGUGAAAAGUCCUUUUUUGCUCCGGAAGAGGAAAAUGAGGAAGAUUUCCAGAUGAAGAUUGAUGAUGAGGUUCGCACUGCUCCUUGGAACACCACAAGGGCCUUCAUUGCUGCCAUGAAGGGCAAGUGUCUUCUGGAGGUGACUGGGGUGGCAGAUCCCACAGGGUGUGGUGAAGGAUUCUCCUAUGUGAAGAUUCCAAACAAACCAACACAGCAGAAGGAUGAUAAGGAGCCUCAGCCAGUGAAGAAGACAGUGACAGGAACAGAUGCAGACCUCCGUCGCCUGUCACUGAAAAAUGCCAAGCAACUUCUACGUAAAUUUGGUGUGCCUGAGGAAGAGAUAAAAAAGUUGUCCCGCUGGGAAGUGAUCGAUGUAGUACGCACAAUGUCAACAGAACAGGCCCGCUCUGGAGAGGGGCCCAUGAGUAAAUUUGCCCGUGGAUCAAGGUUUUCUGUCGCUGAGCAUCAAGAGCGUUACAAAGAGGAAUGUCAGCGCAUCUUUGACCUGCAGAACAAGGUUUUGUCCUCAACUGAAAUCUUAUCAACUGACACAGAUAGCAGCUCAGCUGAAGACAGUGACUUUGAGGAGAUGGGAAAGAACAUCGAGAACAUGUUGCAGAAUAAGAAAACCAGCUCUCAGCUGUCACGUGAGCGGGAGGAACAGGAGCGGAAGGAACUGCAGCGGAUGCUACUGGCAGCAGGCUCAGCAGCAUCAGGAAGCAAUCACAGAGAUGAUGACACAGCUUCUGUGACUAGCCUUAACUCUUCUGCCACCGGCCGUUGUCUCAAGAUUUAUCGCACAUUUCGCGAUGAAGAGGGGAAAGAAUAUGUUCGCUGUGAGACCGUCCGAAAGCCAGCUGUCAUUGAUGCCUAUGUGCGUAUACGGACCACAAAAGAUGAGGAAUUCAUUCGCAAAUUUGCCCUUUUUGACGAGCAGCAUCGAGAAGAGAUGCGAAAAGAACGGCGGAGGAUUCAAGAGCAACUGAGGCGGCUUAAGCGAAACCAGGAAAAGGAGAAGCUUAAGGGUCCUCCUGAGAAGAAGCCCAAAAAAAUGAAGGAGCGUCCUGACCUAAAACUGAAAUGUGGGGCUUGUGGUGCCAUUGGGCACAUGAGAACAAACAAAUUCUGCCCCCUUUAUUAUCAAACAAAUGCUCCACCUUCCAACCCUGUUGCCAUGACAGAGGAGCAGGAGGAAGAGUUGGAAAAGACAGUCAUUCAUAAUGAUAAUGAAGAACUUAUCAAGGUUGAAGGGACCAAGAUUGUCUUAGGGAAACAGCUAAUUGAGAGUGCCGAUGAGGUUCGCAGGAAAUCUCUGGUUCUCAAGUUCCCUAAGCAGCAACUUCCUCCCAAGAAGAAACGGCGAGUUGGAACCACUGUUCACUGUGACUAUUUAAAUAGACCUCAUAAGUCCAUUCACCGGCGCCGGACAGACCCCAUGGUGACGUUGUCAUCCAUUUUGGAGUCUAUCAUCAAUGACAUGAGAGAUCUUCCGAAUACGUACCCUUUCCACACUCCAGUCAAUGCAAAGGUUGUAAAGGACUACUACAAAAUUAUCACCCGACCAAUGGACUUACAAACGCUCCGUGAAAAUGUGCGUAAACGCCUCUACCCAUCUCGGGAAGAGUUCAGAGAGCAUUUGGAGCUAAUUGUGAAAAAUAGUGCAACCUACAAUGGGCCGAAGCACUCAUUGACCCAGAUCUCUCAAUCCAUGCUGGAUCUCUGUGAUGAAAAACUUAAAGAGAAAGAAGACAAAUUGGCUCGUUUAGAGAAAGCUAUCAACCCCUUGCUGGAUGAUGAUGACCAAGUGGCAUUUUCUUUUAUUCUGGACAACAUUGUCACCCAGAAAAUGAUGGCAGUUCCAGAUUCUUGGCCAUUUCAUCACCCAGUUAAUAAGAAGUUUGUUCCAGAUUAUUACAAAGUGAUUGUCAGUCCAAUGGAUUUAGAGACCAUACGUAAGAAUAUCUCCAAGCACAAGUAUCAGAGUCGGGAGAGCUUUCUAGACGAUGUCAACCUUAUUCUGGCCAACAGUGUUAAAUACAAUGGGCCUGAAAGUCAGUAUACCAAGACUGCUCAGGAGAUUGUGAAUGUCUGUUACCAGACAUUGACUGAGUAUGAUGAGCAUUUGACUCAACUUGAGAAGGAUAUUUGCACAGCUAAAGAAGCAGCUUUGGAGGAAGCAGAAUUAGAAAGCUUGGACCCAAUGACCCCAGGGCCUUACACACCUCAGCCUCCUGACUUGUAUGAUACCAACACAUCCCUCAGUAUGUCUCGAGAUGCCUCUGUAUUUCAAGAUGAAAGCAAUAUGUCUGUCCUGGAUAUUCCCACUGCCACUCCAGAAAAGCAGGUGACACAGAUGCGCCAGGGCCGAGGUAGGCUGGGCGAGGAAGACUCUGAUGUAGAUAUUGAAGGGUAUGAUGAUGAGGAGGAUGGGAAACCUAAGACUCCAGCCCCAGAAGGUGAAGAUGCAGAUGGUGAUCUUGCAGAUGAAGAGGAGGGAACUGUGCAACAGCCUCAAGCCAGUGUCCUGUAUGAGGAUUUGCUUAUGUCUGAAGGAGAAGAUGAUGAGGAAGAUGCCGGCAGUGAUGAAGAAGGAGAUAACCCUUUCUCUGCUAUCCAGCUGAGUGAAAGUGGAAGUGACUCUGAUGUGGGAUCUGGUGGGAUAAGACCCAAACAGCCCCGCAUGCUUCAGGAGAACACAAGGAUGGGCAUGGAAAAUGAAGAAAGCAUGAUGUCCUAUGAGGGAGACGGUGGGGAGGCUUCUCAUGGUUUGGAGGAUAGCAACAUCAGUUAUGGGAGCUAUGAGGAGCCUGAUCCCAAGUCGAACACCCAAGACACAAGCUUCAGCAGCAUCGGUGGGUAUGAGGUAUCAGAGGAGGAAGAAGAUGAGGAGGAGGAAGAGCAGCGCUCUGGGCCGAGCGUACUAAGCCAGGUCCACCUGUCAGAGGACGAGGAGGACAGUGAGGAUUUCCACUCCAUUGCUGGGGACAGUGACUUGGACUCUGAUGAAUGA